GUCACGUGACUCAAUGUUUUGUUUCGUGCUGCUGAUGCUGUUGACAUCUCCGCCUGCUGAAACCGCGUGAAAACCCGCUAAUUCUGCCAGAUAUAUACUAUGUAGGAACGGCGACAUGUUUCAUUCACGCGUCUGACUCAGUGCCGAGCGUUAUUUUUAUAAAAUAAAAGCGUUAAAUCCGAUAAAUACGCCUUAACUAGCAGGCUUGCACCUGGCGCUAUGGCGGCGGUCGACAGCUUCCAGCUGCUGUACAGAGAAAUUUCUCGGUCGUGCGGUUUCUACUUUGAGACUCUGGCCCUGGUCGGUGCUCUGUACACGGCCAGCAGGGCGGUAAUCCUGCUCAGGGACUGCUGCACGUUGGUCAGGGUGCAUUUCCUGCCAAGAAUGAUCCCGAGUAAGAGGCUGAGCCAGAGAUUUGGUGACUGGGCUGUGGUUUAUGGUGCAUCAGAGCCCGUAGCCAAAGCCUACGCAGAGGAGCUGGCCAGGCACGGCAUCAGCAUCAUCUUCGUCACUCGGGACCACACCUCUGUCCGAGACACCGCCGCAUCGCUCUCCCAGAGCUAUGGAGUAGAAACCAUCGUCAUCCUAGCCGACUUCGCCUUGGACCAGGCAGCCAGCAAGGCCAUCAAAGAAGCCAUGAGGGGUAAAGAUAUCGGCUUCCUGGUGAACUGCUUGGAUGAGUCUUUGGCUUCCCCUCAGAGCCUGAUUGAAAUGCCCGAGCAGAGCCUGCUGGAUCUGGUGAAUAAGAACGUCGCGGUCGCCACUCUGAUGGCGCGGUUGGUGCUGCCGGGGAUGGUGGAGCGCAGCAGAGGAGCUGUGGUCAAUAUAUCGUCAGGCGCUUGCUGCAGACCGAUGCCCGGAAGAGUGACACUCACCGCCUCCACUGGCUACCUGGAUCAUUUCUCACGAGCUCUUCACCUUGAAUACAGCGGCAGAGGGAUCUUUGUCCAAAGUCUGAUUCCUUUCCAGAUAGCUUCAGGUGGGCAGCAGCUGUCAUCCAGACAGGGCUGGUUUGCACCGAAGCCAGAGGUCUACGCUCGCCACGCCAUCUCCACCCUGGGCGUCUCCAACAGGACCACCGGCUACUGGCCUCACACGCUGCAGUACGGACUGAUGAGGUGUAUCCCGGAGUGGAUUUGGGUUCUUGGAUCACGCGUUUUCGUCAGUUUGAGCUAAGAGCUCACUCCUCCAUUCACCCAGUUACUGGAGUUUAAUUUCAUCUGUCAUUAGCUUAACUCUAAAGGCUCUGUUGAAGUUGGUAGUUAUGAUUUGAUUUGGUAACCUGCAGUGAAAUUGACCUAAAUUAACAAACAUAUAUUAUUGCUGUGUUACUGUGCUAUCAUAUGUGACAUGCUGAGCUAACUGUAGUAACCAGUCGUGAUACAUGUCCUGAUGGCGGACAGACAUGAGGUUGGACCUCGAGUAUAAACUUGUUGAUUACCAUAACUGGGUUUAGUGCCUGGACACAAGUUAAGAUGAGCCUUCGUGCCGCCGUUUGAACUACUGGAUAAGAUAUUUCAAACAGCCAACAUGGACCAUAAAGUCCUGGUUCAAUAAAUAUAAAACUGAAUGUAGACUUUAUUUAUUUUUUAUACGUAUUUAAAAGAAGUCGCAGACACAUAAAAAAAUCAGAAUUUAAUAAACAAACUGUAAAGUAAACUCUUUUGAUGGUUCACAAAAAGUGGCACUCCAAAAACCAAAGCCAACAUGAUCAGAGGUUAAGGAGACGGACAGACAUCAUAAAAAAAAGAAUGAUUCUUCUAGACGUCUUCAUAUUUUAGUGGGCGAAAGCUGCAUUACGCGUCACUAAACUACGUGUUAUUUUGCAAUAACUCAAUCCAAAUCUACGAAAACAAACUCUACGUUGUGACCAAAGCGAGCUUACAACUGAAUGUAUCCUUGCAGCAUGCCUUUAGUUUAGUCUUCUUGGUCCAAGAUGUGCCAGUACGCGGUGUCACACCUUCUAAAAAGACACAUUUCCAGCACGUAGGCGUGCGGUGGCGAAUGGUGAACGAUAUAUUUUCAGGUGGACGUGGGUGUGUGUGUGCAGAAGUUCAAGCAUCUCCAGGAGUGAGUGUGAAGAGUGAGACUGUGAUGUUUGAGCUGCAUUCAGGACGUGUACGUAAAAAUAAGUAUUUAUAUUUGAAACGUGAACAGAUGGAGACAUAUUGUGUUGAGUGGUUGCUUUAACUUACAGUACAGUAUUUAAACGUGUUGUAUGUGUCGUCAUAGCACAAAACUACACCAAUAAAACUCAGUUUCUCCAACCA